CAGAGCAGAGAAAUUCCUGCAGUCUCGGAGCUGCGACAUCACCUGUCCUGUCCUCAGUGAACUCCUCAGCCUCCGUCCAGCUGUUUGUUCGGCGGUGAGACUUUUAUUCUGAGCGACAAACUUUGUUCCAGCCGGCCGGGAAACUUUAACGGUUUUAGAUGGAUUAAUUCCUGCAGGACGGUGUGGAGAUGAGGUGGGGAAAGUUUCAGGUGAGCUGAGAAAACAAAGCAGCUCAGGUUUCAUCUACUAAUUGAAGAGGUGGUUGCUAAGAGAUGACAAUCAGUGACAUUGCUGAAAGCCUCGGUUCCACAGCAGCCUGAAGCUCCACUUCCUCCAGCCCUCCGUCUGCAGCUGGCUCAUAGAAAACUCUCGCUCACACCAUGGCAGCUUUCACUUCUCCGUGUCCUGACAUCAGCGUGGCCCGGACAACGCUCCAAACACGAGGAGGCAGCGACCAAACGAGCGCAGAGGAGGACGACUCGAGGAGGAGCCGGAGUUCAGAUGUGGGACAGAACACCAUCCUGGAGAAAACUCACGAGUUCUUCCAGAUGUGCGACACGGAGAACAAGGGAUUCAUCACCCGCCGGGACAUGCAGAGGCUGAAUGGUGAGCUUCCUCUGAGUGCAGACGAGCUGGAGAACGUUUUCGAUUCGCUCGAUUCUGAUGGAAACGGAUUCCUCACGCUGGAAGAGUUCUCCUCUGGUUUCAGUGCGUUUUUGUUUGGCCGUAGGAUUUCUGUAGAUGACGUCAUGACUGAGAAGAACCUGAGUAAAAGCGUGCCGGAGGUUCUGUACCAGUCCCAGUGGAAGGAGGGUCCAGGCGCGGCUGAGGAUGACGAGGAAAAGCACUUUGCGAUGCUCAUGGAGAGCCUGGGGGCCAGCAGCCUCCUGGAACACCCUGCAGAGGUGCGCAGCCUGUGGGCCCAGCUGCGCCGCGAUGAGCCUCAACUUCUGUCAAACUUUGAGCUUUUCCUGGCCAGAGUGACGGCGCAGAUCAGAGACGCCAACCAGGAGAAGAGAGACAUGGAAAGUGCCCUCAAAAGGAAAGCGGCAACACAUGACGAUGAGAUUCAGCACCUGUAUGAAGAAAUGGAGCAGCAGAUAAAAAACGAAAAAGACAAAAUACUACUGCAGGACUACGAUCGAUAUCUGUCCCGAAGUAAAGACCUGGAGCUGCAGCUGUCCAGCAAGGAGAAGGAGCUGGAGCAGCUCUUCCAGAAACAGAGACGGUUGGAGUGUCAGUGUCAGGAGCUCCACAGUGAGCAGCAUGAGACCAAAGUGGAAAACGUGAAGCUGAAGCAGACGAACGACGACUUGGCCCGAGAGCUGGAGCUGGUGAGCCAGGAGCUGACGCUGGCGCAGGAGCAGCUGGGUCUGCUGCAGGAGCAAUCGGCUCGGCUGCACGAGGAGAAGGAGAUGGAGAUCUACAGACUUACUGAAGGACUGCAGCGGGAGCGAGCCAGUCUUCACAAACAGCUGGACCUUUUGAGAGAAAUGAACAAACAUUUGCGGGAUGAAAGAGACAUGUCCUUUCAGAAAUCAAAAGGAACCAAGAAAAGCUUGAAGCACCGGUCCUUUAUUGAUGGAGUGAAGCAAGCAGACACAGAUGUGUUUAAAAGUGAGGAUGAGGAGGAGCCGACCUCCACCGCCCUGAGGCAGAACCUUAACGGCGUCUACCAGCCGUCCUUCCCAGCUGAAGCAAGGAGUCGUUUCCAGAGGAUCAUCUCCAUAGAAGAAGACCACCUCCCCUAUUUACUGAACAGCGGCCUGGCUCAGAACGCCCUGCAGAUCUGUGCUGAAGUGGAGACUCAGCUGGAUGAUGAAGACGGUGUGGAUGUGAUGAGCGAACUUCACCGCAUGUCAUCGCCGAUCCCUGAGCAACAGCCUGAGGAACAGCAGAUUCCCACAUCUCCAAGAGGUCAGCCGGUUGGCAAGGAAACCACCAUCAAUGAGGAAAGUGUUCCUUCGGCUCCUGAUCGCCUCUUCAAGGUCGUCCUGGUGGGAAACUCCAGCGUGGGAAAAACCUCGAUCCUCCAAAGAUUCUGUGACGACCGCUUCCACCCGGGAACCUGCGCCACCGUCGGCAUAGACUACAGUGUGAAGACAAUAACUGUGGACAACAGCCAGGUGGCGCUGCAGUUGUGGGAUACAGCAGGACAGGAAAGGUAUCGCAGCAUCACCAAGCAGUUCUUUCGCAAAGCUGAUGGUGUGAUUGUGAUGUAUGAUGUAACCGCUGAGCAGAGUUUCACUGCAGUCAGACAGUGGCUGACGAGCGUCAAGGAGGGCACUGGUGGGGAAAUACCCAUCAUGCUCUUGGGAAACAAAACGGACAAAGAGGCAGAGAGGGAAGUUCAGAAGGAAGUGGGCGAAAGGCUCGCCAAGGACUGCCAGAUGACCUUCUUUGAAUGCAGUGCAUGUUCUGGAGCCAAUGUGGCCGAGUCCAUGGUGCAUUUAGCCAGGAUCCUGAAGGAACAAGAAGACCAGCAGAAGGAGAAAACGGUCCAGCUGAUCAGCAGCCCCUCAAAGAGGAGAUCCUGCUGCUAAAACACUCAACACAACGUAGCACUACCCUUUAACCAAGUUAUUAAAUGUCCUAGUUAAAUCACAUGUGCCAGUCAAACACAAAGAAAAUUCAGGUUGAAUAAAAUAAGUACCAUUAAGAUGUUGUGGGUUAAAUGUACAACUAGCUGAAAUAUUUAGUACGUUUGUUUUAUUUGUAUGUUCACCCUAACUUGAAUAGUAUAUUUAUCUGUUCUACAUAUUUAUUUCACUUAUGAAGGGCAUAUUGUUAUAUUAAUGUAGAUCUAUCAUGAGAUAUACUAAAUGUUUCACUUCCUCUAUAUCCAUGUUUAAAAUGACACAUAACAGCAAAGCACCAUAAUUUAAGUAACUUUGCAUGAAACUUUAUACCUUUAAAACUUUGAGUUUUAACUGAUGUAAAUUCAAUGCAGUUUAUUUCUGCUUGUGACAUUUCUUCAUAUAAUGUUUAAAAAAAGGGCAUCAGUGUAUAGAAGUACUUUAAUUGCACAUGUUUUUGUUCCAGGUUUUAAACCUAAUUGUUGUUGUUAGGUGGCAAGUUAUUUUUCAUUGAAAAUUAGUUUUGAAUAUUUAAUUUACUUUGUUGUAACUUUUAAGAACAGAUUGGAUUAAUUUUAGAUGCCAAGUAUUUUAUGAAGAUGUUCUGUAAUUUGUAUGUUUAAAAUUUAGUCUCAACUUUAUUUUUGUCACUAAUGUUUCACUACGUCAAGAGUCUCGUUAAUUUAAUGUAUAUAUGGAAAUGUUAAUAAAAUGUUUGAAAU